CACCUUACUACCAUCCGACGCAUCAUGAGCACAGACACACAAGCCUUCUUCGUUGUCUUUGCUGACCCGGGAGAUGGGGUCCCCGAAGCAGAGUUCAACGACUGGUACGAGAACGAGCAUAUCCCGCUACGGGUCGUAAUUCCCAGCUUUCAAAGUUGGAACCGCUGGGCGCAAGCAGAUGGCCAGAAACCGCGAUACGCUGCCACUUACGAUCUCGACACGCCGAAUGCGCUCGAGAAGCCAGACUACGCGUUGCUCGCUCGGACUCGGAGUGAGCGAGAGAAAGAUAUAUUGUCGAAGGUGGGAUGGGUCGACCGGCGGGUGUACGAGGUAUUGAAGGGCACCCCGCAACAAUCACCUUCCGCUCAGAAGAAGCCGGGGAUCAUCGUGUUCAAUUCACUGGAAGUACAGUCGGACAGAGAGGAGGAUUUCCACAGGUGGUACAACGAAGAACACAUCCCGAUGCUCCUGAAGAGUCCCGGGUGGAUCAGGACCAGACGAUUCGUCCUCAGGACGUGGGAUAGGUCAGGUGUAGAGGGGAGCAAGGACAGCACGGCACCGCCCAAGUUCCUGGCAGUGCACGAGUUGGAGUCGGACGCAGCCUUCCAGAGUGAGGAGUAUAAAGCGGCCGGGAGCACUGAGUGGAGGGCAAGAGUUAUGAAGAGCGCUGUGAAGCAGGAGAGAAGGGUGUUUAAGUUCCUGAGAACCUGGGAGAGGGACUAGCCUGUUAAUGUGCGGUGGUCUCCUCGGUAUUAGAAGAAAGCAUAUGUCCGUCAGAACGUAGGCUUUCAAAACUUGUACCAGCCUUUGGCAAAGAGUCAGAUGAUCACAGCAGCACCUACAUAUGAACA